UCAGAGGGCAGAGGGUGUAGGCAGAAAAGGCAGAGAGGAGGUGGGGCGAGCAGAGAGACCAAGACAGAAGGCAAAGAGAGAAGAGGGACUUGCCCGGAGACAGGACGGGGACAGGAGGGCACAAGGUCAAGGUGCAGGUGGGGAUGGAGGCCUGAGGGGUGGAGGGCCCAGGACAGGACGGACCUUGGGUGGGAUGGGGGGGCACAGAAAUGCCCCGCACCCCAUUUCCUUGGCCUUGAAGGUCCCUGGGUAGGUCAGUGAGAGGCUUCUCUUCCUUGCAAGCCAGGGUGACAAACUGGCCCUGCCGCGGGUCCUGCCCGGGUCUCAGGAGUCAGGGUCUCCUGCGCUGCUGGAUCCUCAGCUCCAGGAAGCGGGACUCACGCCCUGCUGUGCCAGGGAGCCCUGCCACCCUCCGCCUCUGACCCUGGCCUCCGCCCUCUCUGGGCCCAGGAGGCACCAUGGGCCACUGUGUCCCGGGGCUGCUGCUGCUGCUGCUGCUUCUGUCUGGCCAGGGGGCCCUGGGGGCCCGGAGGGGCCGAGGGCGCCGGGAGCUCUCCCCAGGCCUGCACCUGCGGGGCAUCCGGGACGCAGGCGGCCGCUACUGCCAGGAGCAGGACCUGUGCUGCCGGGGCCGCACUGACGACUGUGCCCUGCCCUACCUGGGCGCCACCUGUUACUGUGACCUGUUCUGCAACCGCACCGUCUCCGACUGCUGCCCCGACUUCUGGGACUUCUGCCUCGGCGUGCCACCCCCCUUCCCCCCCGUCCAAGGAUGCACCCACGGGGGGCGAGUCUAUCCUGUCUUGGGGACCUACUGGGACAACUGUAACCGCUGCACCUGCCAGGAGACGGGGCAGUGGGAGUGCGACCAGGAGCCAUGCCUGGUGGACCAAGACAUGAUCAACGCCAUCAACCAGGGCGGCUAUGGGUGGCGGGCUGGGAACCACAGCGCCUUCUGGGGCCUGACACUGGAUGCAGGCAUCCGCUACCGCCUGGGCACGCUCCGGCCGUCCUCCUCCGUCCUGAACAUGAAUGAGGUUCACACAGCACUGGGCCCGGGGGAGGCACUGCCCACGGCCUUUGAGGCCUCUGAGAAGUGGCCCAACCUGAUCCACGAGCCCCUGGACCAGGGCGACUGUGCAGGCUCCUGGGCCUUCUCCACGGCCGCCGUGGCAUCGGAUCGUGUCUCCAUCCACUCUCUGGGACACAUGACGCCUGUCCUGUCACCCCAGAACCUGCUGUCUUGCAACACCCAUCACCAGCAGGGCUGCCGUGGUGGGCAUCUCGACGGUGCCUGGUGGUUCCUGAGGCGCCGAGGGGUGGUGUCCAACCACUGCUACCCGCUCUCGGGCCAUGUGCAGGGUGAGGCUGGGCCGGCUCCCCGCUGCAUGAUGCACAGCCGGGCCGUGGGCCGGGGCAAGCGCCAGGCCACUGCCCGCUGCCCCAGUGGCCACGUCCACGCCAACGACAUCUACCAGGUCACGCCUGCCUACCGCCUCGGCUCCAGUGAGAAGGAGAUCAUGAAGGAGCUGAUGGAGAACGGCCCUGUCCAAGCCCUCAUGGAGGUGCACGAGGACUUCUUCCUAUACCGGGGCGGCGUCUACAGCCACACGCCUGUGAGCCGUGGGAGGCCAGAGCGCUACCGCCGGCACGGGACCCACUCCGUGAAGAUCACAGGGUGGGGAGAAGAGACGCUGCCCGAUGGGAGGACCCUCAAGUGGGAUCUAUCCAACUCCUGGGGCCCAGACUGGGGUGAGAGGGGCCACUUCCGCAUCGUGCGUGGUGCCAACGAGUGCAACAUCGAGAGCUUCGUGCUGGGUGUCUGGGGCCGCGUGGGCACGGAGGACAUGGGCCACCACUGAGGCGCGGGCACCGCGGGGAGCAGCCCCCGCCCCGUCCCCCGGACCA